AUGACGAAAGGGGCCAACCCUACAACCAGUCCAGGACACCCAUCAUCCCCCUCUACGAGGCCACCUACCGCAGUUCAAGUGACCACCUCUAUAAGCAAGCCCGGAAACUCACCACUCACCACUGUGCUACCAUCCACCGCUGUUCGAAUGACCACCCUUACAAGCCAGCCAGGACAACCACCAUCCACCCCUGAGAGGUCACCUACCACAGUUCAAGGGGCCACCCCCACAAAACACCCAGGAGACCCACCACUCACCCCCACCACAUCGCCCCGCCCGUCUCAGCAGGUCAGCUCUUCAACCAGCUCCGCAGACUCAAAAGCCACCACUGCUGCAAUCUCCAGCGCCACCCAGCAGGCUAGCCCUGCAGCCAGCUUGGGAAGCUCGGCAGCCACCACUACUAGAAGUCUUGUCCUCACUCAUGGGAGAAGCACUUCAGCCUCUCCAGGAGGUUUAGGAAUUGCUGUCACAUCCCCUCCCAGCUCAAAAGCUCAGGCAAGCCAGCCUUCGGACCAGUUGACCAGCUCCACUGCAAGCACCGGAGUCCCAAGGAACACCUCUUCCCCUGGGCUCAAGGACUUUGGUGUCUCUUCUCCCACAUACGUCACCAAGCAGCCUCACUCUUCUUCCAGUUCUCCAGACCAGGGACCGUCCUCUUCCACCACAUCUGGCAGCACCAACACGUCUGUUACACGAUCUGUGUUCCACACCACUGCCAAAGCAUCUCUACCUUUACCACCUGGCAGCACCGACAAGGUCUCAGGGGCAGCCACCACGCUGACUCCUGGAGCAGACCAGAGAAGCCACGACGCCAGAUCUGCGUCAACCAAACCUGCAAGUGCUGACCAGAGCCCUACCAGUGCCCAGACAUCGGCCCCAGCUCCGGGGGACCAGAGGGCAAGCAGCAGUCCUGGCCACCCGCCCCCUAGCGCUUCUUUCCACAACGAGGUCAUCUGUAAAGACCAGGUGAAAAAUAAUCGGCCCACCAUAUAUCUGAAAGAAGCUAAAACCUGU